ACACAAACCCAGAAGCCGGUUUUUUCAACUUUCUACUGUUCCCUGCCCCACACUCCUCCUCUUUCCCUUCACUAUAUAUACACCAAAAUGAAACACAAUAUGAAUCCACCAAACUAAUUUUGCUUUUCAUUAUCUAUUUUCAUAAUAUCAUUAGCCAAGGAUAUAUAGGAUACUCAUCAUGUCUCCUGUAAUGGCAGUAAGUGCUCAUAAUCACAAGGGUGAAUGCCAUAAAGGAGUGAAGCAGCUGGUUGAUAGUGGCCUUCAAAGGGUACCUAAAAAGUACAUACUUUCUCCUUCAGAACGUCCUGCUACCAAUAUGGAAGAAGAUCCAAUAAAUGUUGCCAAGCAAAACCUUCAGCUACCCAUCAUUGAUUUUUCUGAUUUGCUUGGUCCAAAUAGGCCCCAAGUCCUUCAAAACCUUGCAGCUGCUUGUGAAGGCUACGGGUUUUUUCAGCUGGUAAACCAUGGGAUCUCAGAUGAUGUUAUAAGAAGCAUGAUUGGUGUGGUCGGAAGGUUCUUUAAUCUUUCAUUUGAGGAGAGAACUAGAUACAUGACAGAAGACAUGAGAGCAGCGGUUCGAUAUGGGACUAGUUUCAGCCAAACCAAGGACAGCGUGUUCUGUUGGAGGGACUUCUUGAAACUCCUCUGUCAUCCCUUGCCUGAAUUCCUUCCACAUUGGCCUCCUUCCCCUGUGGACUUUAGGAAAGUGGCGGCUACCUACGCACAAGAAACCAAACACUUAUUCCUGAUGUUAAUGGAAGCCAUCGUAGAGAGUUUAGGAAUCAUGGAAGCCAACGAAGGAGAAGAGACAUUAGAGAAGGACAAUAUUCUGAAAGAAAUGGAAGAUGGAAGCCAGGUUUUGGUGACCAAUUUCUAUCCACCAUGCCCUGAGCCAGACCUAACCCUAGGCAUGCCCCCUCACUCUGAUUAUGGAUUCCUCACACUUCUUCUCCAAGACGAGGUUGAGGGUUUGCAGAUCCAAUUCCAAGAGAAAUGGUUCACUGUCCAACCUAUCAACAAUGCCUUCGUUGUAAAUGUUGGUGAUCAUCUUGAGAUAUAUAGCAACGGGAAAUACAAGAGCGUGUUACACAGGGUUGUGGUGAAUUCAGCAAAUAGCAGGACUUCAGUGGCUUCGCUGCAUAGUCUUCCUUUCAACAGCACCGUGAGACCGUCACCGAAACUUGUAGAUGAAACGAAUCCCAAACGUUACGCGGACACGGACUUUGAAACUUUUCUUGCUCACAUUUCAACCACUGAGACCAAGAGAAAGGAUUUCCUAAACUCUAGGAAAUUGACUUCGACAUGAUAAUCACUAGAGUAGAGUCUAGGAGGGACGAAAAUUAUGGAUAGAAAAUUUGAGUGAAGUGCCAUGGCACACUACAAUAAUUGAUCAAUUAUUACUUUCCUUUUUAUGUGAUGUUAUUAUGUUACAAGCAUGAUCAGUCUCGUGAGUGUAUCUAGCCUGUAAAAGAUAAUCACGAUUCAUGGAAGAUACAUAGUUGACAAGGGUUUUUAUCUAAUUUCAUAUGUAUGAUACUUAAUGGAGUAGUGGGAGAAUAUUUUGUUGAAAGAGACAUAGUUAUUUAAUGUAAUCUUUAAAUAUCACGGUUCAUGGAAGAUACAAGGAGUAAUUGGUCAGGGUUUUAGAUCUAUUUAAGUAGAAAAUUAUUCCAUGCAUAUGUAUGAUACUUAAUGGAGUAGUUAGAGAAUAUUUUGUUGAGAGACACAUACUUGUUUAAUGUGAUUUUUAAGUUUGGAGGAAAUUAGUCUUAUAAUUGUCGGUUGUAAGAAUAUCUUGAGAAAAAAAUUGAUAUAUAGAUCGUGUAAGGUUUUCUUCACAAUUUGCAUACUCACAAAAUAUUACGAGGGUUUUGAUAAA